AUGGUUGAAGAAACUCGAACCCGAAACCAAACCCAAAACCACAACAAUAACCUCAACAUCAUCAAUACCGAUAGAUCCUCAUCACCAAAUCCAACCAAGAGUAUAUCACCUACUGGCAGAGCUUCAAAUAUUACCGGUGAUGAGCCUACAGCAACAUUGAAUCGACGUCGUACCAAUCGUUGGUCCACAGAUGGAAUACCUUCGGGUGGAAGUCGUCGCAGGAGUUCGAAUUUCUCGGAAUAUUCGCUGAACGAAUUUAACAAGAGUUUGAGGGAUUCAACAGACGACAUUUUAUUUCCUAAACCUAGCGAUAUGAAGGAGGAACAUAGUCAUGAUUCUUCACACUGGGAUUCGGCCCCUCUAGCCUUUGCCCUUCUGCCAGCAAUUGGUGGUCUCUUCUUCACCAAUGGAAAUUCGGUCAUAACCGAUAUUAUGUUACUUGGAUUUGCGGCCAUUCUGCUGAAUUGGUCUGUAAGGGUACCAUGGGAUUGGUAUCAUUCAGCACAGUCGAUUCGAAAGAAAGAGGUAUAUAAUGAGGAAAUGGCUCGGGAAGAAGGAAGCGGGGAUGAAUGCGCAAUGGACUCUACGACCGAGAUUCUCGAAGACACGUCGGACGACAAAUCGAACUCGCCUUCCAAGACAGAGCGACGCCAGCCUGUACACGAGUCUGCUACCAAUGAACUCUAUGUUCAUGAGAUAUUGGCUUUAUUAUCAUGUUUCAUAUUUCCAAUAGCCGGGGCAUAUAUACUACACUCAAUACGAUCACAAUUGAGCCGCCCGUCCGAAGGAUUGGUCUCGAAUUACAAUUUGACCAUCUUUUUACUAGCAUCAGAGCUGAGACCAAUGGCACAUCUAGUCAGGUUACUACGAGCAAGAACACUGCAUUUACAAAGAGUUGUGAAUUCACAUGCGUACGAUGGUUCCAGUGAAAAAAAGGCAGAAGAUAAUGAAGCGUUGGUCCGAAGAUUGGAGGAAUUAGAGGCGCGAGCCUCAAAUGUAGAUUCGUACACCGGAAGCAUGCCAGAGCUGGUCCUAAAUGGGAAGCAAUCGGCAAUCCUUACUACAGAAGUUCGCCGCACAAUGCAACCGGAUUUAGAUGCUCUCAACCGAGCUGUACGCCGUUAUGAAAAGCGCGCUACACUUCAAUCAUUCCAAACGGAAAGCCGUCUAUUAGAUUUGGAAGCACGAUUGAAUGAUGCUAUCUCCUUGGCAGCAGCAGCAGCUAAUAAUUCACAAAGGCGCAGUACUUUCGGAAUAAUAUUCGAUUGGAUAUCCUCAGCUAUGAUUAUCCCAUUACAAGCUUUCGGUACUAUCGCGAGCCUUCCGCUGAAAACACUUCUCUCGGUGGUUAAUUACACCCGAUUCCUACUUGGUGGCCAAGAACCAAUGGAGAAACCUAAGAGAAAUUCGAAUGUUCGAUAUGCGCCUCAUUCAAAAGUUAUUGAUCGUGUACAAAAUAAAUCAAAGAGAUGA